ACCCUUGGGAACUUCUCCCAGCUCCAAAAUUCGCAAGCAAAGUAAUUUCAAUAGCAUUGGCACAACAUUGGCCUAUUGUCUGUUAACGUCGUUUGCGAAAUUAAAUUGUUUUCCUGCUACGACAAUGGAGUCCCGUGAUGCAGGGAGAGGAGGAUGGAAAAUCAAGGAUCUACAGAAACAGAAGAUGAACAUGAAUAUUAUCCGCCAAGAGCAACUGAUAGCUGAGAAAAAGAAGGAAAUUGAGGCCAAAUUGGCAGAGCAAGCCAAGAUUAAUGCACAAACCCCAAACAAAUGUCUGCCUUCAAGUUCUCCCCCUAUGCAAGGAACCUCCUCCUCCAACAAGUUUUUAAACGAUGGCAGCUUCUUACAGCAGUUCAUGAUGAUGCAGAAGCAGAAACCUAACAGUGUUUCUGGUUCCCCCAGUGACACCAAAAGUCCAUCGUUAUCGUCAGGAGGAAACGCAUUGCAAAAAAAAACAAUUUUCGUCGGCAAGCGGCCUGGCGUCAGCAGUAUGCUUAGCCAGUUCAAGAGCUAUUCACAGUCGAAGAAGAGUCCAGUCCUCAGCCAGAGGCCAAGUGUGUUUUGUUCCCCAGAUGACGAGGAUGAGGAGGAAGAGAUUGAUUUCACAGAACUCUUAAAUAUGAAAGUUUCUCCCCCAGAGGACCCAGACACCAGACUCAUUAUCAACAAGAUGGCCUCUUUUGUGGCGGAGGGGGGACCCGACCUGGAGAGGAGGGCCAAGGAUGACUACAAGGACGAUCCUGUUUUCUCAUUUUUGUAUAAUAGAAACAGUAUGGAGUAUCUCUACUACAAAAAGAAGGUUGCGCAAUUGAGAAAGAAUGCUCCAACGCCUGAAAACACGUCCAUUAAUGUCUCCCCCUCAGUGGAUGCGGAAACCCAGGAAGUGGCCGAGCAGCUGGCCAAGUUUGUGGCUGAGGGUGGCCCAGAGGUGGAAAGCAUCGCUAUCGAGCGUAACCGCCACAACCCUACCUUCAGUUUUUUAUUUGAUCACCAACACCCAGCCAACCGUUACUACAAAGACAAGCUACAAGAGUAUCGUGCUGCCACUUCACAGACUUCCUCACCUCCAGCAGCAGAGUCCAGGGCAGAGCUGCAGAGACAAGCUGUUCUACCACAACCGCAGAUUUCGUUCUCCCCGGCAUUUCAGUCACCCAGUCAGGUGGAAGAUACACCGCCUGUCAAACGCAAGAAGAAGAGUAGAUGGGGGUCUGCAAAUGACAAAGUGGAGCUUCCCAUUCCUUCUAUUGUCAUCCCUGAAGAAAUUAACGUAACAGACCCAAACUUGCCAUCACUCUCUGCUCAAGAUCUUCAAGGUCUUGGUUAUAAGAAGGGGAAGCCUGCGGGUCUUGUUGGUGUCACUGAACUGUCUGAAGACCAGAAGAGACAGCUAAAAGAGCAACAAGAGAUGCAAGAGAUGUUUGACAUCAUCAUGAAGCACAAGCGUGCAAUGGCCGAGAUGCAGAUGAUGUGGGAAAAGGCCAUAAAAGACCAUCAGCACGAGUAUGACAGUGAUGAAGAGGUGGACCAGGCGGCUGGCACCUGGGAGCAUCGUCUCCGAAAAAUGGAAAUGGAGAAGACACGAGAGUGGGCAGAAUCUCUGACAGACAUGGGCAAAGGGAAACACUUCAUUGGAGACUUCCUCCCUCCUGAGGAGCUAGAGAAGUUUAUGGAGACUUUUAAAGCACUCAAGGAGGGGCGGGACCCAGAUUACUCUGAAUACAAAGAGUUUAAAUUGACGGUGGAGAAUCUCGGUUUCCGUAUGCUGAUGAAGAUGGGCUGGAAGGAAGGUGAAGGCCUCGGCAGUGAGGGACAGGGCAUCAGGGCUCCUGUCAACAAGGGAACUACAGCCAUGAAUGGCGCAGGGUUCGGUGUCGACCGUCCAGCUGAGCUGUUAAAAAGCGAUGAUGAGUAUGACGCUUUUAGAAAGAGGAUGAUGCUUGCCUACCGUUUUAGGCCUAAUCCACUGAAUAAUCCACGGAGACCAUAUUACUGACAGAAGACAGCUGUUUAUGGAGAAGGGGGGAGGGGGGGGAAGCUGCCACUCAGCUCAGUUGUAUAAUUUUAUUUUAUUGCACAAUUGAAAUAUUGACAGUGUGUGUGUGAGUAGGAUAACAACUGUGAUUCCCCCUAAAUGUUAGAUUUCAUUCAGGUUUGAAUAUCCCAACUACUUCUGUAUCACAAUCAAAUUACUGUUUCACCAGAAAUAAUUAAAGACCCACAGUACAUGUA